GCGCAGGCGCAGUGGGGCCUCGGCCCCCUUCUAGGUGGGACGCGUCAGGGAGAGACGGGUGUGCGCGGCGGUUUCUUGCGCAGGCGCAGUGCGCGGGUGGCUCGUGAAGGGGCUUCCUGGGCCGGGCGGCGCCCCCUCCCCCCGCGUGGCCCGAGACAGCUUGCGGAGCCAGCCAAGCCCAGCAGGCCUCACGGAGCCAUGGAGAAGUUUGGCAUGAACUUUCGGGGUGGCCCGAGUAAAAGGGACCUCCUGGAGAUGGUUGAGUUGCAGAAGAAGCAGCUCCUCCAGUACCAGGCGCGCCUGAAGGACGUUGUCCGGGCUUACAAGAGCCUCCUCAAGGAGAAGGAAGCCCUGGAAGCCAGCCUGAAAGUCCUGUCGGUCUCGCACAUGGCGGACUCUGGCCGUAGCAGUGGUGUGGCUCACCCUGUGGCCAACUCUUCCAGCCCCGAGCUGAGCGAGGACCGGAGCUCUGUGCACAGCGAGGACAGCGCAGGGACGGCUCCCAGCCUGGCCAGUGUCAGGGGUGACCUGGGGGUUGAGGAGGAGGGGGCAGCCAUGGCAGCAGCCUCACCCUCAAAGCUGGAGGAGACCAACAGCUCGGAAAGUGGCAUCAGUUCCGGCAGCAGUGGGGAGUUGCCCUUGGGUGGCACUGGCGAGGCCGACAGGAGGAUUCUUCAGCUGAAGACGCAGCUGGCCACGCUGACCAGCGCCUUGGCCACGGUUACCCAGGAGAAGUCCCGCAUGGAGGCCUCCUACCAGGCGGACAAGAAGAAGAUGAAGCAGGAGAUGGAGAACGUUGGCAGGAAGGCUGAGGAAGAGAGGAGGCGCCUGGAGUCUGAGGGAAAGGAAGUCCAGGAGCAGCUGGCAGAGACCAAAGCCCGCCUCAUCGCCCAGCAGCAUGACCGGGCACAGGAGCAGAGCGACCACGCCAUCAUGCUGCGUGAGCUGCAGAGGCUGUUGCAGGGCGAGAGGGCCCUGCGGCAGGAGGUGGAGCUGAGCCUGGAGGAGGCCCGGGAGGCCCUGGCCGGGAAGGCAGACGCAGCAGAUCGGCUGGAAGACUCCGAGCGCUGGGCCAAGCAGCUGGCCCGAGAAGCGGAGGAGCUCAAGCAGGAGCUGCUCGCCCUGCGGGAGGAAAGCAGCCAGCCUGACCCACAGCUGCAGGAGCUGCAGGCCGAGAUGGCCACCCUCAGGAGCCACUUCCAGGCCCAGCUUCUGCAGGAGAUAAAGAAGGUGGCUCAAGCGGAGGAGCGUGUCCAAAUGGAGGAGCAGCGAGUUGCCAGCUUGGAGGCCCAGAUUUCAGAGGCGUCUGAGCUUCUGGGCACCUCUGGAAAAGCCAAGCAGAAGGACCAGGUGACUAUCCAGAAGCUGAAAGACCGCCUAGCCCAGCUAGACCUGGAGAACAAGACCCUGGCCAUGGCUGCCUCUGGCCGCUCCCCGCUGGACACGGCCUUUGAGGAGAGCAGCCUGGAUGUCAACGUGCUGAAGGACAGGAUGGAGAAGCUGAAGCGGCUGCUGCUGCAGGUGGCGGCCAAGAGCAGCCCAUCCCCCCAGGACAUCGAGGUUCUCUGUGCCACGGAGCUCCCCAAAGGCACGGAGGCCGGCGACGGUGAGAAGGCCACUGCCGCGUACUAUCAGCAAGAGCUGAAGCAGCUGAAGGAGGAGUUUGAGAGGUACAAGCUGAGGGCCCAGGUGGUCCUCAAGAGCAAGUCGGCCAAGGAUGGGAGCCUGGCCAAGGAGCUGGAGGACACUCGGGAGCAGCUGGCAGAGCUGAAGGAGAAGUACGUCUCCCUCCGGCUCUCCUGCGAGGAAGCGGCUGCGCGGCACCAGCGGGAGACGGAGGCCCAGAAGCAGGAGGUGGCUCGCCUGCAGCAGCUCCACAGGCAGGACCUGGAGAGGUACCAGCUGGGCUGCCAGGAGAAAGUCCUCCGGCUGGAGGAGGAGAUGCACAAGCAGCGCGACCGAGCCCUGGCCGUCUUGGCAGAGAAAGGCCAGGAGCUGGAGCAGCUGCGGGGCCUGAUCUUGCCACCUUGCGGGCUCCCCCAGGGCCCCAGGCCGUGCCUCCUGGCACCAGGGCCUCGUGGCAGCAGGAGUGGCAGUGGCGGCAGCAGGGACUUGUUGGGGGAUGACAGCGAGGACGGCUCUUUGGAGAACCUCACCCAGGCGCUGCACCUCACUGCCCCCAAAGAGCCCACCUUCCUCUUGUACACGGAGCAGCUGGCCCGUAAGGAAGUGGAGGUCUCAGCCCUGAAGAAGCAGAAACACAGCGUGGAAGUGGCCAUUCGGCGGCUCCAGGAGAGGCUCUUGGAGGAGGGAGAGAAGCACCAGGAGGAAGUGUCGGCUCUCCAGGCCCACCUCCAGAAGAAUGCCCGGGACCAGAGCAGGGAGGGGGCCAACCUGGAGUACCUCAAGAACAUUUUCUACAGGUUUCUGACCCUGACAGACUUGCUGGGCCGGCAGCAGACCCUGACGGCCAUCUUGACUAUCUUGCACUUUAGUCCAGAGGAGAAGCAGGCUGUCCUGAGCCACUUGAGCGGCAGUAGCAGCUGGUGGCUUUCUGGGAAGAGGUGAGAGCCCCCUGCUCCUCUGGGCAACGAGUCAAAGGGGCAGGCUGCCUACCUGCCUGCCCGGAGCAUGCCGGUAGCUGCCCCUGUGCCACUGAGGGAGGGUGAGCCUGCUGCUGGCAUUCCUUCUUCCAACAACUACAGUCGCCGAAGCAUCUUUUUGGGACAGAUGUCUCUCCUGCCAACCCAUCAACGAGAGUCAUUACUUAAAAGGGGCAUCAGUUUGGGAUACUGGGGGAUUUUUAAUCAAGUAUUUUUAUAUAGAUAAUAUUUUUGCCAAACGCAAAUGGAGAAAUUCUGUGGACUGUGAUUGGGGUUUUUUUCCCUGCUCCUAAAAUUGCGAAUAAAAAGACCAACCAUCUAA